AUGGCUGCCCAGAACCCUCUCCCGCGCUUGCACUUUGUCGACGAAAAUGAUCCCGAGAAGCGGCACAAGUCUCGAGCGCAUCUCGCGAGAGAGUUGCACCGGAUAAAGCGCCAGCGCCGGAAAGUCGACCCUUCGAACAUCGCCAUCGCUCCCGUCAAUGUACGACUCGACCAGUUCAAAUGGCCCGUCGACGUGGUGGUCAAGGCAGCCUGUCCGCCGACGGUCGAGCUCCCUCUCCAUCUCCUGGCAACGGCCUCAGACCGGUGUCUCUUCCAUCACUAUGCAACCGUGAUGCCGGAGCUGUACAGAGCACGCUGGAAACACAUGGGCAACGCCAUUGCCGUCAAAGACUUGUUCCAGCUCUACUGCCGUGACGAGGUGUCUUUUCGAGCCAUGCUGUUUGACGCGGCCACUCAUCGGUCAGCCCUUCGGGGCAUACCAGCUCCGCUCGAGUACGAGAACAGUCUUGUGCGAAGUGUCAGGUCCAAUCUGCACACUCUCAAUACAGGCGUCAUCUUGGGCACGGUCCUUCUCUGCAGCCUCAAAUGUAUGGAAGGGUCGGACGGUACUUCACACUGGCUCGCGUUCCGGGAGAUGGUGAUGCUCCACGGCGGGUUGUCUUCCUUCAAAGGCGACUAUCUCAUGUUUACCAAGCUCGUCUGGACCUUCGUGGCCCUGCCCGGCCCUCUGACGGGAUUUGACUUCGGACCCGGUCUAGAUACUGGGCUUAAGAACCUCAACGAUCUGCUUCGGAGCCGUCAAAAGGCCCUGGUUAACCUGCUACCUACUUCCGAGGCAGAAAUGGACCGCCUGUCAGAUUUGAAGAGGGUCAGGGCGUUCCAAGCUUCAACACUGAAAAAGCUGCUUGAGACGCCGCCCACUGCAGAAUUUCCUACCGACCGCAACUGCCGUCUGGCAGUGAUCUUGUUCCUCACAUCCGCGCUCAUGCUCCACGGAGACUUUGAUCCGGCGACGGAUUCGUGCAUCGAGGCCAUCAGCCAGCACCUCGAAGUGGCACGAGACGACGCAUCAAUAUCGCCAGUCCAUCUGAUGUGGUUCUUGGUUCGACUGACCAUUUCGGCGUCUAUCGGUGAGAGGUACGCAGAGAUCUGGAUCGGAGUCAUACGGAUGUUGGCAGCGUUCCACCGACUGGCGCCGCCCAUACAAAAUGCCACCGAAAAACUGCUUUUCACGUCCCUAGUAAUGCCGGAGAUAUUCGAACAGAUCCCAACUAGCUGGGGAUUGGAUGGAGAACUACGGAUCGAUAAUGCAGAUCCCAUAUGCCGGGACCUGCACCCGCGAUCGGUCCCUGCAGAAUGUUUCUGCGAGCUCCUCUGGAUCACAGCACCCCCGGAUGAAUAG